GGAUAGUCAGCAACUGUGUGUUUGGAGACACGGCCUGUGUAGCUGGUUGGAAUGGGAGGGCACAGCGACUCUCAAACUCCGCACACUUCCUGCUCUCGCUCAGUUCCAUCAGUAAGGCAGCGGGAGAGCAGUGGAGGGAUGGCGGAGAAGAGCCCUGACCCGAGCGGCUCGAACGGUCGGAGGUGUCCCGCUCUUUCUCCCGGAGACAGACUGCAGCCGUCUGGAAGCGGCUCGGCCAAAUGGGUUCGUCUGAACGUCGGCGGCACGUACUUUCUCACGACGAGACAAACGCUGUGCAGAGACCCGAAAUCUUUCCUGUACCGCCUGUGCCAGGCCGACCCCGACCUCGACUCUGACAAGGAUGAAACAGGUGCUUAUUUGAUAGACCGGGAUCCCACUUAUUUUGGUCCGGUGCUCAACUAUCUGAGACACGGGAAGCUGGUGCUGAACCGAGGCCUAGCAGAGGAAGGUGUGCUGGAAGAGGCUGAAUUCUACAAUAUCACUUCACUGAUUAAACUGGUCAAAGACAAAAUCAGAGAGAGGGAUUGUAAAACGGCUCAGCUGCCUGUGAAGCACGUCUACAGAGUUCUGCAGUGUCAGGAGGAGGAACUGACACAGAUGGUCUCCACCAUGUCAGAUGGCUGGAAGUUCGAACAGUUGGUUAGUAUCGGCUCUUCGUACAACUACGGAAAUGAGGAUCAAGCAGAGUUCCUCUGCGUGGUCUCCAAGGAGCUGCACAAUCAGUCAUACGGCACAAACAGCGAGCCCAGUGAAAAGGCCAAGAUCCUUCAAGAACAAGGCUCUCGAAUGUGAAACAACCGUGUUUAAUAUCCUCCGGUCCUGCAGUUGCCGGGCAAAACAACCCGCACCAUAUCACAUCGAGAAGCAGAAAAUCGUCAAGCGGAAUGACAACCUAUUUGGAACGGAUGUUCUGUUUUGUUUUAGAUUAAUUGACACUUGUUUGUGCCUGCACAGUCAUACCGGACUGUUGGCGGAUCUAAGGUAGGAAUAUGCAUGUCAUUAGUAAAAAGCUGAGCAAAAAGGGCCUCAAUCACGCCUGGUCCAAUCAUGUUUACUCAGGGUCUCUUAUCGACUUUCACAAAAUAUGUUUAUCAUGUCAUACGUGGUCCAGUGAGCAAUUUUGUCAAAAAGAGAGAAAAAUGUAUAUUAUGCCAGAGAGUUGAACCUCGCUGUUUAAAAUUAUAAUUAAGAAAGGAAAAAAAAAAAAAAAAAAAAAAGUAUUUUUUGAUUCAGAU